AUGUUUGCUCAUCACCUUUGCAGAUCUUGGGACAAGAGAGGUGCCAUUAUCCUGACUCUCCCAGAUGUCUUAGUGGUUUUCAAUAUCAUUGACAAUGGUAUCAUUCGGGCCUGGAUGGAUAGAAGUGAUGCUGCCCAAUGUGAUCCUUGCCCAGAAGACCAAUACCCCAACAAGGAUCAGAUCCACUGCAUUGCCAAGAAGAUCCACUUCCUUGCCUAUCAAGAUCCCCUGGGAUAUAAUUUAGCUUCUUUAGCUCUUGUUUUUUCUCUGCUCACAACUGGUAUCAUGGUGAUUUUCUUGAGGCCUCGACCCACACCCAACAACUACCAGCAGUUCAUGGCUUUGGUGUUUGCAGUGACAGAGAUCAACAAGGAUCUGGUUCUCCUCCCCAACAUCACACUGGGCUUCAACAUGUAUGACAAUGCCAAUUGGAACAAGAGAGUUUACUUGAUCAAGCUCUUUCUGCUCUCCACACAUGACCAAAUAGUUCCAGGCUACAAAUGUGACCAGAAGGACACUCUCGUCUCUGUGAUUGGAGGUGAUGACCCCACAUUCUCAAUGCAGAUCGACUCCAUCUUCAGCAUCUUCAAGGUCCCACAGCUCACUAUUGGCUUUGAGUACAUUCAGGGAGACCGAAGAGUUUAUCCUUCCUCCUUCCGGAUUAAUCCCAAGGAAUUUCCUCAAUUUGUGGGUUUAGUCCAGAUGCUCCUGUAUUUCCAGUGGAACUGGGUUGGGUUUAUUGCCUCUGAUAGCGAGAAUGGAGUACGAUUCAUCUCAACUCUGAGACCCAUGCUCAUGGAGAAUGAGAUAUGCCUGGCCUUCACUCGAAUGCUGAAACAUAAUUUUUCUCCUUUGGAUGGACCACAGCGGAGAUAUCUCAGAAUUCAGAAAUUUCCUCCUGUCUUUAGAUCCUUUGAACCCACAAGGAGAUAUGAUCCUCCCACUGUGGUGGGAAAGGAUCUUUGGCUACUCUUCGUUUCAGAUGCAGCUUAUUGUGACCUGUGCUCAGAUGACCAAUACCCCAACAAGCACAAGGACCACUGCGUUGCCAAGAGGAUCCACUUCCUUGCCUAUCAAGAGCCUCUGGGAUAUGCUUUAGUUUCUCUAGCUCUUUCUCUCUCUGUAACCACAUCUGCAGUCCUGGUGAUUUUCUGUAAACAUCAUGACACACCAAUUGUCAAGGCCAACAACCGAGAUCUCACCUACAUUCUCCUGGCUUCACUCCUGCUCUGCUUCCUCUGCUCCUUCCUUUUCAUUGGUCAACCCAGGAAGCUCACUUGUCUCAUCAGACAAGCUGCCUUUGCCAUUCUCUUUUCCCUUGCAGUUUCCUCUGUCUUGGCAAAAACUGUCAUGGUGGUUCUGGCCUUCAUGGCCACCAAACCAGGGAACAAGACAAGGAAACUUUUAGGGAAACCUCUGACCAAUUCCAUUGUCUUAGGCUGUCCCCUGGUCCAAGCAGUUAUUUGUACAAUUUGGCUGGCAAUUUCACCUCCAUUUCUCAACUUGGACUUCCACUCCUUGUUUGGUGAGAUCAUCUUAGAAUGUAAGGAAGGUUCAGCUUCAAUGUUUUAUGCUGUCCUCGCCUACUUGGGUUUCCUAGCCCUUGUGAGUUUCACGGCAGCAUUUCUAGCUAGGAAAUUGCCUGACAGUUUUAAUGAAGCCAAGUUCAUUACUUUCAGCAUGCUGGUCUUUUGCAGUGUUUGGAUCUCCUUCCUCCCCACCUACCUGAGCACCAAAGGGAAGUCUAUGGUGGCUGUGGAGAUCUUCUCCAUCUUGGCCUCUGGGGCUGGUCUCUUGGUUUGUAUCUUUUUCCCCAAAUGCUACAUAAUCCUACUGAGGCCCAAUCUGAAUCGUAAAGAGAAUAUCAUGAGACAGAAGAAACUCUGA